AUGUGCGACCACAACAAGCUGCGCACGUUCGCCAAGGGGCAGCUGAAGACGCAGAACACCAACGGCUACACGAUGGUCCCCACCGAUCCGGCGGACCCGAACUGCCACUCGCAGCCCACCUACCCGUGCACGUUGUCCGGCGACUUGAGGACGUCGCUGCACCCCGGCCUCUACCCCACCCACAUGUACUUCAUCCAGGAGCACAACCGGAUCGCCGCCAACAUCACUGCCGCCCGCCCGGCCUGGCCCGAUGAGCGCAUCUUCCAGGAAACACGCCGCAUCAUCAUCGCCGUCUACCAGCAGUUCGUCUACAAAUUCUACCUCCCCAAGAUCCUCGGCACCACGCUGAUGACCAAGUACGGCUUGAACCCGCUGACCAGCGGCUUCUUCACCGGAUAUGACAUCAACGUCGACCCGUCCGUGAUGGCCGAGUUCGGCACGAACGCCUUCCGCUUUGGCCACUCGGAGGCGAGGAGUGACUUUGCCCGCGUGUCCAACACGAACGUGACGGUCGGCACGCCGGUGAUGCUCGGCGAGAACAUCUUCUACCAGGACCCCAUCUACAACAAGACCGCCCAGCAGUACGAGUCGAUUGGACAUGGCCUGAUGUACUCCCAGCAGAUGGCCGUCGACAACCAGUUCUCGUUCGACAUUCGGAACCGCGUGUUCGAGAUCCGCAACAAGUCGGGCUCCGGCAUCGACCUUCCGGCGACGAACAUCCAGCGAGCUCGCGACUUCGGCGUCGGCCCGUACAACCAGUACCGCGCGCUCGCCGGCCUCAAGAAGGCCACCACCUUCGACGAUUUCGCCGACGCCAUGACCACCGCCAAGAUCAACCUGCUGAAGACGGCGUACGCCAACCCCGGAGACGUCGAUUUGUACGCGGGGCUCGUGAUGGAGACGCCGCUUUCGGGAGCUCUGCUUGGCCCCACCGCCGGCUACAUCAUCGGGCUGCAGUUCCAGAACCUGAAGAAGGGCGACCGCUUCUACUAUGAGAACCAGGUGCCGAACAGCCGCGGGCUGACAGCUGACGAACUCGCCGCCGUGCGCGCCUACGACAUGCGGUACAUCUUCUGCGCGGGAUCCCCCACCACCACCACGAUCCCCAAGGAUAUCUUUGUCUAUAACUCCGCCUCCGAGCCCUGCACAAACCUGAAGCCGAUCAACCUCGCCCCAUUCCUGCCACCCAAC